GAUGAUAGGUUUUGCCGUCUGAGUUUUUGACUAUAAAAGCGAGUGCCGGCUAGGGCGCGCUGUUUAGUUUGCUUCAAGAUUGUCGCCAACAUGAAGACGAUUUGCCUGCUGCUGUUCGUUACCCUCCUGGCCAUGGGAUACGCCGCCCCUGCCCCUGAACCUGUUCCAGCACCCCAACCGCAACCCGCUGGAAAUGAUCCCACCGUGAGUGUGCUGCGUUACAGCAACGAUCGAGAGCUGGAGGCCAUCCAGCGAGCCAUCAUUGCUCAGUACGAGCAGAUCGGUGGCUCAACCCAAGUCCACGCUCCCCGUGUUGCACACAUUGUUAAUCCCUCCAGCUUAAGAAUUAACAUUUAAUGUUUUCCGUAAAUAAAUUUCAAACUG